AUGUUUCUCUAUCUAAGCAAAGGUGACGAUCUAAGUGAAAUUCUCAAAAAACAUCUUAUUUCAAAUCUUAAAAAACAUAUUAUAUUGGUAUCGAUGCCUAUAUUUUUGAAAUUGAUUCAUUCGGCUCAAGAAUUGGAAAAAUGGGUUAAAAAUAAUAUUCAUCCAUGUUUUAAGGAGAUAUUAGAAGCGAUCGUUGAUGCUUUUAUUGAAAAUCGAUGUCGUGAAAGGCAAAAUUCACGUCAAUUGUCUCGUUCAGACUGGAAACAAUUAUUCAACAUCCGAUGUCAAUUAUCAAUAGUCAAGAAUAUUCAACAAUCAGGUAGUUUAGCCAUAUACCAACAUCUGCUUUUCACUAUGGAUACUCAAAUACAAUCAACAGCUGAAAGAAUCAAACGAAUAUUUCAAAAUUUAAACGAUUUGGAUGAAAGUCUCUACAAGAAUAAUGAUCCAGCUUGUAUUAUUCAAGAUGAUUGGCUACAAGAUUAUAUUGUCAAUAUCCCCCAAGGUACAUGGGCUAUGUAUCGGCAACUAUUGCAUGGAUCGAUUUUGUCUUGUUUUAUUUCUGCUGUUGACAUAAAAAAAAUGAUCUCAUCAAUAAAUUCACAGCAAUAUAAAUUUCUUAUUACGACACCAAAAAUCGAUUCGAUCAUUGCCGUUCCAAAGCCAAAAGAUAUCAAUAUAACAGAUAUUGAAUCAAAAGAACAGUUUUUCGAUCAUUUCAUAAGACAAGUAAACGAAUGGUUAUUAUGGUUUGAUAAUUUUAUUGAAAUAUUUCGGCAUAUUGUGGAAUGGUUUAAAACAUAUAAAGUCGAAGGAGCUGAACAAUUAUUUAUUGAUUUACUUACAAUAAGAAAUGAUUCGACAACAACAUUUAUUCAAACUCGAAUAAUUAUCGAAAAAAUAGUGAGACUUCUAAGACCAUUCAAUGAUCUUCGACGAUUGUGUCAUUUUUUUAAUUGUUUACAUUUAUUUCAAAUUAUCGAAUCUGGUACAUUGAGUAAUGAAAAUGAAUUUAUAAAAUAUAUGAAAGAAAUAAAAAGUUUACAACCAAACAAUUCAUUCGUGAUUGAGAGUAAAAGUCAACAUGUAAAAGAAAUUCUAAUUAAUAGUCGUCAACAUGUGCAUUGGUCUAUAGCGGGCGAAAAACAUUCAUGUAAUAUAAAAGUUGAAUAUCGAUUUAGUGAAUCGAAUGAACAUUCCGAAUUAUUGUUUUCUAAAAACACUGUUUCAAUUCAUAAAUAUGUUCUGCAUGGUGAAUUUGAAACACAAAAAAGUGGAUGUUUAUUAAUAACUAUUGACAAUGUUAAUCCAAUCAAUCCAUUGACAAUGUGGUUUCGAGUUACAUCAGUUAGUUUAUCAACAUCUCAUCUAUUCUAUGGAAUAUUCAAUAUGCUCUAUCAAAAGUAUUAUAAUCAACCAGUUAAAAUAAUAAAAGAAGAUCAAUGGAGUAAAUUACUUGAUCAUGUCUUUUCAUUUAUUGAUAAACUAUUAACUGGUAGUAUUAGUUUACGAGAGAUGACUGAUCUUAAAACUGUUUUUAGUGGUAAGAAUAUAUCUGUACGUGACGAAGUCAAGAAAUUAUUUACCAAUCGUUCAACUAUCAACACAAAACAACGAACAAUAGAAAACACUCCUACGGAUCGAGAAAUUGAGCAAGUUUGUGAAUGGUUACAGAUAUAUCAAUAUUACAGUCAUGUUAGCAUUAUAAUUGAUUGUAUAGACCAAUUUGACAUUAUUCCAGCGGAUACUAAUGAUGAAUCAAUUGGUGAUCUAAAACGAUUGAGUAGUAAGGAAGAUUGUUCACUUAAAGAAAUCACUCAAGCUUAUGUAAUACUUCAUCAACGAUUUCAAAAUCUCUCUAGUCAACAUUUACAAUUGAUCAAAGUGGCUAUUGAAUGUUCGGCUGUUGUUCAAAUGAUGAGAAAAGCCGAUUUGUAUUCGACUAAAGGACGACAUCGAUUUCAAGAGUUACGUGACAAUUUAACAACACAAUUUCAAUUACAAGAACGAAAUAAUAUGAUUUUAAAUUCAUGGAUUAUUACCUAUUCAUUAUGCGAACCAUUUGUUCUUAAAGCCCAUAAUUUAGAAGAAUUUAUUGUUCGAAUUGCUAGCUUAUCGAAUGUUGAAGAAAGUUCAUCGAAACAUAUGAAAGUUGUGAAUGAUAAUCUACAACUAGUGAGUAUUUGGUUAUCAACAGAAGAGACAACAUCAUUGGAUAAUGCUCUUAUCACAAUGGAACAUUUGUACAAAACUGGUUUAGUCAAAAUUCAUUUGAGACGAUUGACGAAUGAACAAUCGUAUUUUGAAAUUGAAUAUUCGAUCGAUAAAAUUCAAACACAAAAUGAAGAAUCUGGAAAAAUUCAAUUUACAUUAUCGAAGACCGAUAUUGAUGACCAUAAACGGCAAUUAACAUUUUGUAAUGUUGAUUUACAACAAGAUAUGUUUGCCAAAAAAAUUUUAUUAAAUGAACAACUUAAAUUAUUACAUGUUAUCGAUAAAAUCUAUUCGAUUUUUAUCAAAUUUGAAAUGGCUGGUCAUCCAGAUUAUCAACUUCGAAAUGAGAUCUAUUCGAUUCAUGAUCAAAAAGACACAAUUAGUCAAAUAUUAAUUGACUUAAAGAAAAAUCCACAUACAGAUGAACAACGACUUGAACAAGCUGUUAAGGUCCGAACCGAUGAGUUACAAUCAAUUUAUAGUAAUUUAGAAGUCGAAUAUAACAGAUGGAUAGAAGAUUUAGACCGAUAUCGACAAGAAAAUUCAUUAUUAAAAUUAUUUUCAAAUCCUCAAGUCUUAAUUCUCAUUGUUUUACUCACAACAACAACAGAACAAAAUCGAAUUAAAUAUUAUUUUCUUGAAAAAAUCGUUUUAUCAGAAAGUAUGAUCAAUAAAAAUGAAACCGAGCUCAAAUUGACUAUUCAAUAUAUGAUUCAUUAUUUACGUUCAUUGAGAAUUAAUAAUUGCAAUCUGUCUGAGGACAAUGUAUUACAUAUUUAUAAUAAACACAAAAUUGACUAUGGUACUUCAUCUGAUAGAUGUUUGAAACAAGUAUCUGAAUUUCUUCGUGAAUUAUUUCAAAAUUGGGAAAAUUUAUUAACAAAACAUGAAAUAGUCAAUGAAGGUCAACAGUUUCUUGUGACAUUAAAUUCCACAGAACAAACAAUAUUCAAAGAUUAUCUCGACAUGGAAACAUAUUAUAUUUUAAUAAAUAUUUUUAAUAAUCAAUUACCAGCAUCAUAUCAAAUUUUAUGGUGUUCAAUGUCAACUGAAGAUGAUAUACGAUUAUUUUUUUCACGUGUUAGAACAUUUCGUCAUUUAAUAUUUGUUGCUAUGGAUAUUGAUAAUUUAAAUCAUCGACUUCGAGAAUUUCUAUUACAAGAACAAGAUAUAUUGGCACAAGAGCCUCAUGCACAUAUCUAUUAUUUCUCAAGAGAAUUAACAUCAUGCAGAAAAGGUCUACGUCCAUUUUAUGCAACAUCUAAAAUAAAACCACCUAAUUUUCAACAAAAAAAUUAUCCAAAACCAGAUAUUCAAAUCGUCUAUGGUACAUCAGGGAUUGGAAAAACUCAUCGAAUCAAUACGAAAUAUAAAGAUAAUGACACAAAAUGUUUUAGCAUAAAUGAUACAUUAAAUUUGUCACUUUUGAUCAGAUCAUUUCUAUCAUAUGAAUCUAUUGUUUCAAAUGAUCGUCCAUCAGUCUAUUUCAAUAUUUCACUUCAUGCACCAUUCAAUGAACUAAAUCGUGUUCUAUUUUCCUUGUUCAUUUGUAAUUCACUCACUGAUGUUAGUAGUGGCCUUACAUUUUCAUUACCAAUAUUGAAAUCAUGGAAAUUUUUUAUUGAAAUUCCUUAUACAGAACAAUGUGAAGUAACAACUCAAGAGAAUUUCGAUCGAAUAUUACCAAUACUUUCAAUUUUAUCAUCUUCAAUUCUUGAUGAAGUAACUGAUGAUAAUUAUCAAUUGUCUAUUGGUGAUGAAGAAGAAUUUGUUGCUCGAUUUCUCAAAGCAUAUGAAAAUAAAACAAUUGAUCAAUGUUUAACCAGGGAUAAUCUUAAUAUUGAAAUACCGGUAUCUUUCGAGAAAUUGACAGAUCAAAAUGAUUGUCGUCAACAUAUAUAUACUUGCAUAGAAAAAUAUGCACCUGAAUUGCCAAGAAAUAAAAUUUAUGAACUUUCAUUUACAAAAUUUUUAUUUCGUCGUGUUCAAUUUUUUACAGGUCAUUAUUAUUGUUAUAACGAAAUUUGGCCAAAGCUUGGUUCAAUAGUUAUGAAACAAAUGAUUGAUGAAGCUAAAUCUCUUACUCAAAUUAAUUUCGGUUCAAAUGCAUAUUCUCGCGUUUAUCUUGUGUAUGAUCCGAAUUUUUCAUUACAUUUAUUACAUAAUGAUUGGAAUCAAGUUCCUAAGUCAUUAAAACAUCUUGUUAAUAAUAAAGAUCCAUCGAUUAGAGAUGAACAUGAAAAUCAAAGUUACUAUGGAGAAUGUUUAGCAUGGUUAAUCGAUAUUCAAUAUCAUGUUUUUGAAAAAAUUAUGAAUGAAACAAAAUUUAUUUUGACGGAAAAUUUUGCUUACAAAAUUUUUCAUGUUCAUGAAAGAAAAUUAACUAGAUUACCUAUGAUAAUUGAAGGUGAAACGGGUGUUGGUAAAACAUUUCUUCUUAAAUUCUAUUCAUUAUUAUUAAAUGCAAAACUAAUAAAUGGUCCACUUAAUGAAAAUAUUGCUCCUCGAAUUCGUGAACGAACAAGUUUAUGGUUGAUCGAAAAUGUUAUUGUCGAUAUUCUAGAAAAAGAACCCACAUUGUUAAAUAAAAUUCUUCAUCGAGUUAUACAGAAACUAUGGGAUUUUGAUAAUAAUGAAGAAGUUGAACAAAAAAAUCCACAUAUUGUUCUCAAUAAAGAUCAACAGAUUGAUAAUGAUGAUGAUGAUCCAAUGCUCAUAAGUCGAAUACAAGAUCAAAUACCAGUUCCAAAUCCUAUCGUAGAAAAUAUUGAACAACACCUGGAUGAUCCAGAACAAAUCGAUCAUGACUUAUUAAAGGAAAUCAAACAUUCAUUACAAAACUACGAAUAUCAAUGUGAUAUGCUACAAUAUAUUUGGAAAAUAAUCAUGCAAAUAUCGAGUGAAGAUGCAAUGAACAUUGCUGAUAAACUUAUUGUUGCAUUAAACAAAUAUAUAACAUCGCAAUUGAUCAAUUUACCAUUGAAUGAUGCUAGUUUUCAAUUGAAAAAUUUUCUUAGAGAUUCAUCAACACCAAGUAUUUUAACAUCUAUACAAAUGUUUGAAGAAUUUGUUGCUCAUACUCGAAUAAAACCAUUAUUCUAUCGUCUUCUAUUACAUCCAGGUGUUACUGAAGAACAAAUCGAUGAAUUUAUGUUGCCUAUUUGUCAAUUAGCUAGAGAAUUAUCAAAUAUAGAACUUGUCGUCUUUUUUGACGAAGUUAAUACAUCAUCAUGCCUUGGAUUAUUCAAAGAAAUGUUCAUGGAUCGAACAUUACAUGGAUCUAAUCUACCUACAAACAUAUUUUUUACAGCUGCAAUUAAUCCAUCGAUUAAAAUAAAUCAUGAUGAUAUUUCAGUUCAUCGUCGUGACUAUGUCGUACAUCAAUUACCACAUGCAUUAGAAAAUUUGAAAGUUGUUUAUGGUAUAUUAGGAUCAAAUACAUUGUCUGAUUAUAUUAGAAAAAAAAUUGAAAUGUUUACUGUGAACUCAACUCAAAAUGAUGACAGACAAAUGCCAUUAGAACUCUAUGCACAAGGAAUACUUACUCAAUCAAUACUAAGAGCACAGGAAUUUUGCGAAGAACACUUAGAAAAACAAGAUGAUCUUCGUUUCGAUUAUUAUGAUGUACCGGCAGCUGCACCACCAACAACAUUUGAUAAUUUCCAUGAUGAUGAAAAUAAAACAGAUACUACACGAGAACAAUUUCGUAAUCAAUUCAUUCGAUCAAUUAUGAACGAUAAAGUUUUAAUAAAAAUUAUUUCAUCAUCGAUUGUUCAAUCUUAUACGAAUGAUUCAGUUCGAGUUAGUUGUACAAUUAUUGAAAAAAAUUUCUAUGAUAAUCAAAUACAAUGUGAAAAAGCAAUUAAUUUUGUUUCUCAUUGGUUAAUAUUAAUUGAUGAUGAUGAAAAAGUUUCAUUUGAUUCCGCAUAUAAUCGAGAUAUUUGGCGAUUAGCUCAUGUUUAUCAAUUACUUGAAUACGAUCAAGAUGAUCUUUUUUCAUUUUAUUCAGCAUGUCGAAUCACAGAAAAUAUUGAUUCAAAUCAAUCGUUUUACAAUGAACUUUUAAAGGGUGAUCAAAUAUCACGUUCAAAAGUUCGAGAAAAUUUAUUUCAAUUAAUGUUUCGUCAUUUAUGGACUAAUCUUUGUCAUAUAUGUCUAAAUAAUAAUGAUCCUAAACAAUGGAUUCAUAGUUAUACAUUGAUAUCAAAAUAUUAUCCAUCUGAAAAAGUUUUACAACGAUUAGAUUUUGUUCAAACGAAAAUUAAAAUUGAAUUUAUGAAUUUAGUUUAUUUAAUUUUACUCAAUGAAAAAACACCACAACCAAUUAAACUUAUUCAACAAUUAUUAAAUGAUACAUCACUUAUGCAAGAUGAUAUUGAUGGUCGUCAUAUGAAUUUUGAAGGAUCAAGUUGUCUACAAUUAUUAUCUCGUAUUAUUCAAACAAUUGAAAAAUAUUUUGAAGAAAAUAAUAGUAAUAGUGGUACAUUAAUGAUGGAUAUUCAACAAUGGAUUAUUGCAACAUUAAAAGGAUCAAAAGGAACAUCACAACCCCAAAUUAUAUCUCUACUAAAAUUUUUAAAUCAACCAACAUGUCAUUUAUCAUUACCAAUGAAACAAUUUCUUUUUGAUGAAUUAAUUGAAAUUUUAAUUGAAAAUAGUCGACAAAAUCGUAUAAAUGCUCAUAGACAAUUUACUGAUUUCUGGGAUCGUAUUUCUCUUUUAUCAAUAAUAAUGGAUUGUAUAACUAAUGAAAAUCUAGAAAAUUAUCAAAUACCUUAUCAUCCAUCUGUUAUCACUGAUAUAAAGCAAAAUUAUAUUUUAAUUGAUCUAUUCUUUUUUCAUCUUCGACGAUUAAUAAGCUAUGAAAAAAUUCGAGUUGAUUUAAUCAAUAAAAUUCUUCUUACAAUGCCACCAAGGAUUAAUAAUGCACAUGAAAUUGCAGAAAAAAUAUUCAAACAAUUAAAAGAAUAUUUUCUAUUACAUACAACAGCUUUAUUAUUAUGUCAAUCAAAUUUAAAUAAUGAAAAUCAACAAAGACUUAAUAAUAUUAUUAUGACUGUUAUCAAUCAAUAUUUAAUAAUUUCAAUACCUGUUAUUGAACUAAAUAAUUAUGUUCAACUUUUCUUAUCAAUUAUAAUUACUAAACAAUCAUGGAAUUAUCUUCUUGAUCUACUUAAAUCGGAACGUAUUCAACGUUUAAAUUCUCAAUGGGCUGAUACAUUACAUGAUCUAUUCGUAACGAGACACAACACUCAACAUAAUAAAUAUUUACAUCAUAGUCAUCAAUUACAAUUUACAUUAACCACUGAUAUCACUUCAUCUAUUUUUCCUACAUUACAUCAACCAUAUCAUGAAUUAACUCAAUUGAUUGAUCAAUGUGUCAAAAAUAAUAAUAUUGAACAACGUUGGAUACCUUUAACAAAUUGGAUACAAUCGAAAUUAAAUUCUAAUCCACCUAUUGUUAAUACUAUUGAAAUAAAAGUUAUGUUAUUAUUAAAUAUUUAUUAUAAUUAUUAUUGUAAUGCUAGAUUAAAUUCUCUGGAUAAUUUACAAACCAUUAUUAAAAAUACACUUCAACCAUGUGAUGAAGAACAACUAGUAUUUCGUGCUAUUUUACAACCUGAACAACAUAUGAUUGGAUAUCUAACAGAUAAUAAUCCUACAGAUAAAAAUUAUCUUCAUGAUAUAUUUCAAAUUGAUUAUCAAGAUGUACAAGAAUUAGCUGUUCGUCAUACACUUGUUAAUCUAUUGGCAAUGAUUUUACUCAGUGGAAAAGAAAGUCCUCUCUGGACAUUUGCAUUUGAACCAUUAAAACUUGAAACAACAUAUGGUUUCGGAUCAACUGCUACUAGUCCUAUUAUGCGUAAUGGUGUUCAUUAUGAUUGUGGAUGUGUGUUAAAUGCCAACGGAGAAUUAGAGCAGCUUCAUGGAGGAAAUGAGUUCAGUGUUCCAGCAAUUUAUAUUGCUUAUUUUGCUACUUUCGGUGCUAUGGCUUGGCAUUUAUUAUUGUAUGAAUCAUCGGUAGACAAUCUCUAUCAUCCUAUUCUUGCUAAACAUGCAGUAGAUCCAUUAGAAGGUAUGGCUAAUAAAAGUAUUCGAGCCAAGACAUGUGCUUUUGUUUGUACUCGAUUGUUAUCGACGAAGAUUUUUCUCUCAUCUCUAUCCAACCUAGAUGAUGCCUGUCUUUUAUUUAAUCGUUGUUUUGAAUUAUUUGCUCAAUGUAGUCGUCAACAAAAUCAAAAUCCAUGGAUUAAACCACUUUAUAAGACAAAUAAUGAAAAACGUGAAGCUGAGAAAGAAUUUCAAAAUAAAAUUUUUUAUACAACGAAUCAAAAAUUAGCCGAAUAUAAAAAAAUAAUCGAUACUGUACAAUCGCAAUCUCAACCACAGAGUCAAUUACAAAAUUACAUAUCUCAAAUGCCUAUUAUAAUUGAAAUGAUUCAUUUUAAAACUGAAUUAUGUAGUCCAGAAUCGACUCUAUUACCUCUAAGAAUUCUACGACGGUUAUUGGACUCAUUUGAAUUCCUAAAAAUGACUCGAUAUAUUUACGCAUUAAGUCAAUUUCAUGUUCUUUUACAUCGAACUUUUACUCAAUUAAUUGAACGAGAUGAAUUUCAUAUAGUUACAUUAAAACAAUUAUAUGAACGAGCUUCUCAAUCUUCAAAUCGUUUACGUCAACUGAAUCAAGAAAAUAAAUAUGAUACAAUAAUUAAAAAUGGUAUUGAAGCUGUUAAUGCUUAUCAUGCAUUUGCUGAUGGACAAAUUCGACCAGGUGCAUGUGAUAUUACUCAACGUUUUGAAACGAUUUCUAUGGAAACACCAGUAAGCUAUCUCGUUGAAACAGAUAAUUAUGAUGAAGGAGAUAUCGUUAUGCGUAUAUUAGGUGUUCUUGUCAAUUAUCAUAAUAAUCUUCUCGAAUUAUUGGCAUCAGAAAUAAACGAAUAUAUUGAUAGUCUUGGUUUAGGUCCAUUGAAUGAUAUUAUUAAUGAAUUAUCAGAAAGAGAAAUAUCUGUUCUACAAAUAGUUCAAGAAAAUAUGGGUAUUAUUACAUUGAAUAAAAUGGAUUAUCAAUGGAUUGAACAAUUGUCUCGAGCUAGUCUCGAAAAUGAAAAAGAUUAUUUUCUAAAAUUGAAUACUCCAUUAAAAUUUAAUUUUCUUUAUGUUCAAUCUUAUCUUAUUCGAAUAUAUCUUCUCUAUUGUCGUAUUAAUUAUCAACAUAUUAAAGGCACAUAUCAAUGUUACAUUCAACGAAAAGUUCCGAUUACUACAAAUCAUCUUACGAAUGACGGUGACGAUAAUAAUACUGAUAGACAAUCUAGUAUUCUAUUGAUCGAAGAAUGGAAUCAUUUAGAACAAAAGAAUAUCGAUCAACUUCAAAAUGAAUAUAAUUUUCUUCAACGCAUUAUGGACAUUUUAGAAAAUUCUACUGAAGAUUAUUCAUCAAUGCAAUUGUCAGAAUUUGUUCAAAAUACUAAUUAUGAUCAUCGAUUUGCUCAAAAAUUUGAAAAAUAUCGAAUGAAAGAUUUUCUUUUAUCACAAAUUAAACAAAUUUGUCAAUUGUACGAGCAAUCAAUUAAUCAGUUUCAACAUGCAUUUAUCAAUGUAUCUCAUUUACUUCGUGUUCCUCUAGAUAAAAACCUUAAUGAUGAACUCGAUGAUUCAUUAAAAACUUCAUUUAUUCCUUCGAACGAACAAAUUCAAAAAGAUAAAUUUCAAGAUAAGGUACAUAUAAUAGCAGAAUUUUUAAAUGAUCUAAAAGUUCAAGAAAAGUUUUUUGAUAUGCAAUGGGCUCAAUCAUUUGUCGAUACAUGUAAAGCUUUAGAGAUUAACUAUGAAAUUGUAGCAUUAAUACCUAAAGCAAUAAAGUGUGAAAAUUAUGUUCCAUUAUGUCUGAAAUUCAUUGAAAUACGAUCUCAAUUACGAACUUUUCAUAUAUGA